UCGCUUUUCUACUGGUCGUGGCCUUCUUAAGGCUGCCCGGCGCCGCCUGCAUGCUAUUUAUCGCUUCUCUUUGGUCGUUGUUUUGUUUGUUCACGCCUCUUGGUCUACUAAACCUUUUGUCGUACCUGGCUUUCAUACACCUUCUCAUGCUUAGGUUUUACCUAAAGCUUCCCAGAAGAAGCAGACUCCUUAUCAUCUCCUAUCUCUGCCGCUUUUGCUAAAUGUCCUCAAUUUCUUAAUCCUUGUUUUUGCCGACGAUACCUAUCCUCGCGAUUGAAUAGCGCAUACCUGCCGUAAUGUUUGGGCGCAAGAAGAAGGAGGAGGAGGAGGAGGAGCCCGUUGCUCAGGAUACCAACAUCGAGGCAGCGCCCGCGAUUGACCAGAAGCCUUUCUGGCAAGCUAUUUGGCCUGUUCUGGCUUGCGGUGCUGGCCUCUUUUCUGACGGCUACAUCAACAAUGUCAUUGGCUCUGUGUCAACCGUGCUCCUCUAUGAAUAUGGCGACACUUACAGCAACUCCAACGCCAAAACGUACGUGUCGGAUAUCGCUUUUGCUGGUACUGUCGUUGGGCAGCUCGUCUUCGGUUAUCUCGCUGAUAGAUGGUCUCGAACGAACUCGCUUUUACUGUCUACCAUCAUUUUGAUCAUCUUCACCGCCCUGGCAGCUGGCUCGUACUGGCACGGCGAGCCAGUUGGCAUGUUCAAUAUUCUGGCUGCCUGGCGAUUCUUCGUGGGAAUUGGCAUUGGAGGCGAAUAUCCAGCAGGCAGUGUCGCUUGCGCCGAAUCGUCGGGUGAACUGAAGAGCGGAACUCGCAACAUGUGGUUCAUCUUGUUCACCAACUCCAUGAUUGACUGGGGUUUCGUCAUUGGGGCCUUUGUACCGUAUGUUGUUGCCGCCGCGGCAAAGAACAUGUACUAUAGCACCAUCUGGCGUACCAGUCUCGGCAUUGGUGUCGUGUUUCCCUUGAUCCUAUUCGUUCUGCGCCUAAAGCUCAAAGAACCCGAAGAGUUCAGCCGCAACUCGAUGAAGUAUGCCAAAACCCCCUACGGCCUCGUGCUUCGAUACUACGGGUUCCGACUCUUCAUCGUCAGCCUGGUAUGGUUCCUCUACGACUUCUCGGUGUACUCCUUCGGCCUUUACUCCUCCACCAUCCUGGCCAACAUCUACGGCGAUGAGCAAGCUCCCCUAACGACAGUGUUCGGUUGGAAUACGGUCAUCAACAUCUUUUACCUUCCAGGAACGAUGCUCGGUGCGCCACUCAGUGACAAGAUCGGCCCGCGUUACGCGCUCGCCCUAGGUGUUACCCUCCAGUCCAUCACGGGAUUCAUCAUGGCAGGAUGUUAUGCCAAACUUUCGCAGCCUAGUGUCGUGGGUGCGUUCGCUGUCGUCUACGGCAUUUUCCUAUCAUUCGGCGAGCUGGGACCCGGCAACAACAUUGGUCUCCUUGCCUCCAAAACCUGCGCCACGGGGGUUCGCGGACAGUACUACGGCAUCGCGGCGGCCAUCGGCAAGAUUGGCGCAUUCGUCGGAACCUGGGUCUUCCCGUACAUCAUGGCGGCAGGUGGUGAUGGUAUCGCCUCGGUGCAGUAUCCUUUCUAUGUUUCUUCCUGCCUGUGCAUUCUCUCUGCCGCCCUGGUGCUGUUCUGCCUUCCCCAUAUUGGCCAGGACACCAUCACGAAGGAGGACAUCCAAUUCCGCGAGUUCCUCGAGAGCAACGGCUGGGACAUCCGCCAACUUGGCUUGCGAAAAGGAGAGGUACUUAGCAAUAUCGAGAAUGGAGUGCCUGCCGUCGUGGAGGAGAGGUCAACCCCUGUCAAGACGCUCAACUGAGAUGCACAAGCACUUCAAGUCUAGUGUCAACUUGAUCUGUUGGAAAGAAUGCGGACAUGAUACCCCUGAAGUUGGAUAGUGAUGUAGUAUAGUACGCUCAAUAUUCACACAAACUAUGCUACGCACAUACUUUCAGAUGUACGUACGAGAACUCCUGGCUAUGUACAAGUCUUAUCGCUCAUCCCCUCUCACGCCCAGCGCCGCCUCCUUUCUCUGCCUUUGCCCCUUAUCACAGCAGCGAACUUGUUCCACUUAAAUCAUGACACUACCUCACCCCAACCCCAAGCUUCUCGCCUCCCCAAGGCAUUCAA